AUCACGUUGUCAAGCGAAAGCUGUCUAAAUUUCGUAAUAUUUUCUAGAUUGUUUUUUUUUUCCCAUACACUGAGUGAAAAGCGCGAGAAGCGCAAGCCAACGUAUUAGGACAAUGUCGUGGCUUUUGGGCAGGAACCGCCAACAGCCGCAGCCGGAUCAGACCGCCGGCUUUUCGGAUGGAGGAGGAGCUGCCGAUCCGGAGGGCAGGACGGCCGGCGAAAAGUCCGGGGAUUCGCAACUGAGCCGGGCGGAGCGCAAAGCCAUGGAAGCGUACCGCUUCGAUUCGUCGGCGCUGGAACGUGCAGCGGAUGCUGCCAAAACCCUGGAGCGUUCAAAACACGCCCGGGAGGCCCUCGAGCUGUCCAAGAUGCAGGAGGCCACCCGGCAAACGGAGUACAACACCAAGGUCAAGGAGUACGAGGCUCAUAUCGAGCAGGCCAAGGUCGAGCAGAAGCGCAUCGACCACGAGGAGCGCCGCAAAACUCUCAUCGAGGAGACUAAGCAGCAGCAGCAGCGUGCCCAGUACCAGGAUCAGCUGUCCCGCAAGCGGUAUGAGGAUCAGCUGUUGCAGCAGCAGCGGGUACAGGAGGAAAACCUGCGCAAGCAGGAGGAGAGCGUCCAGCGCCAAGAGGCCAUGCGGCGCCAGACCAUCGAGCACGAGAUCGAGAUGAAGGAGAAGAACCGGCUUAAGCUUCUGGAACACGAGUUGCGGGCCAAGGCUCGAGUGGAUCGCGAGAACCGGGAUAUCAAUUUGGAGAAGAUCCGUCUCAAGGCGCAGGAGCAUCGAACAACCGUACUGGAGGGCAUCAAAACCGCCGGUACUGUCAUCGGUGCCGGUGCUGAGGCUAUGCUCACCGACUGGGACAAGGUGCUGACCGCCGCCGGAGGACUUUCGUUGUUGGCCCUGGGUGUGUACACGGCCAAGGGCGCCACCGGAGUGGUCUCUCGAUAUGUGGAGGCGCGCAUUGGUAAACCUACGUUAGUUGGCGAGACAUCCCGCUUUGCUUUCCUGGACGCCCUUAAGAACCCGCUGCACUACCUGAAGAGGCUGCGCGCCAAGCCGACCGAUGCCCUGCAGGGCGUUGUGCUAAAUCCGAAGCUGGAGGAACGGCUUCGUGACAUUGCCAUCGCCACAAAGAACACACGUAUCAACAGGGGCAUGUACAGGAACGUUUUGAUGCACGGCCCACCAGGAACGGGCAAGACCAUGUUCGCCAAGAAGCUGGCCGAGCACUCUGGCAUGGACUUUGCCAUCAUGACCGGUGGCGAUGUGGCGCCCAUGGGCAAGGAGGGCGUAACCGCCAUCCACAAGGUGUUCGACUGGUCGCACACCUCACGCCGCGGACUGCUGCUCUUCGUGGACGAAGCGGAUGCAUUCUUACGCAAACGUUCUUCUGAGAAAAUCUCGGAGGACCUGCGUGCGGCCCUGAACGCCUUCCUGUACCGUACUUCCGAGCAGAAUCCCAAGUUCAUGCUUGUGUUGGCCUCCAACACUCCAGAGCAGUUUGAUUAUGCCAUCAACGAUCGUCUGGACGAGAUGGUGGAGUUCACGCUGCCUGGCCUGGAGGAACGGGAACGCCUCUUGCGCCUGUACUUCGACAAAUAUGUGCUGCAGCCGGCCGCGGCGGGUGCCAAGCGGUUCAAGCUGGACACCUUUGAUUACGGAAAGACGUGUUCGAAGAUGGCAGCUCUGUGCGAGGGUAUGUCGGGUCGAGAAAUCUCCAAGCUGGGCGUGUCCUGGCAGGCGGCAGUCUAUGCCUCCGAGGAUGGUCUGCUCACCGAGAAGAUGGUCCUGGACAGGUGCUACUCCGCUGCCCAGCAGCAUAAGCAGAAGAUGGCCUGGCUUUCGGAUCAGGAGCGUGCUGAUCACAAAUCCAUCACAGGCACAGCUGCCCCACCCCUCACCCUAACUGCCAACAAACUGUAAAGCGCGGAGGAGCCGAUGCUGAAGUAGAUGCAACCUGCAUUCAAAACUUGUUUAGUUUUCUAAUCACUUAACUUUAAGUUGGUACGCACAGGGCUUUAUCUUACUAACGACCACCAACCAGCAGCCGAGACACCAAAAUAGUGCAUAUCGGUUACGUGUAUGCAUUUAACAGCCUGUACAUAAUCGUUGGCGGGAAGAUGUGUUCGUCUAUAUAUGCAAUUAAGUUUGACCCACAGAUAAUUGUAUUAUAAGCCUACAUUCACUGUCUCAGUAGAAUAUACAAUAAGAGGUAUAUAUUUUAACUGCUGUCGUUGCAUUUCGUAUGUUAAAGCUUUGGACGUAGACUGUAAAUUGACUUCGGUCGCGCCAGCACUGUGAGAGAUUUAUAUUAAACUUCUCGCUGGCUCUUCCACCAAUUUCACUUGUCCGCAGUGUUUUCCUAUAUAUGAGUAUGAAGUAAAUAUAUAUAAAUUACCUGUUA